AUGACCAUCUUUUUGUCGACCGUGGUGCCUCUUCUGGCAGUGAGCCUGGGGAUCAUGUCGAUGGGUGUGGUGCUGGCGUGGUCGUCGCCGGCGGUGCCCAAACUCCCCCACCUGACGGCCGCCGAGGCGUCGUGGGUGGGGUCUCUGCCGUCGCUGGCGGCGGCGCAGGGUCCCUGGCUGGGCGGAUGGGCGGCGGACCGCGUGGGGCGGCGGACCACGGCGCUCCUGGGGGCGCUGCCAAUCGUCGCCAGCUGGGUCGCGCUCAUGUUCGUCGAGCACGCGCCCACCUGGCUCUGCAUCGUGCGCUUCGUCUCGGGGCUCGGCAUCGGACUCAUCAUGCCUGCGCUCGGCAUCUACGGCGCCGAGAUCUUCCAGACGCUGCUGUUUCUGGCGACCUUCUUCUGGGUGCCAGAGUCGCCCUACUACCUGCUGGCCAAGGGCAGGGAUGAAGACGCCGCAGAAUCUCUCCGGCGACUGCGAGACGACAACAGCGACAUCUCCUCUGAACUUCAGAGGAUGAAGAAAGCUGUGGAGGACUCCAAGGUGAACGAGGCCUCCGCGCUGGACCUGUUCCGGUCCCGCAGGUGCCGCCGGGCGCUGGCCAUCUCGCUGGGCGUGGUCUGCGCCGAGCAGCUGGCCGGCAUCAACGCGGUGUUCUUCUACAGCCAGAACAUCUUCGACGCCGCUGGCGGCGAGGACAGCCGGGUGGCGCCCAUCAUCGUCAACGGCGCCAUGCUGCUCGAGUCGUGCGUCACGCCCUUCCUGGUGGACCGCCUGGGCCGCAGACCGCUGCUCAUCUUCUCCUCCACCGUCAUGUCCGUCGCCCUGACUGUUUUGGCUGUGUAUUUCUACCUGAGUGACACAGGGAAAAGCGUCGAGGACAUCGACUGGCUGCCACUCACUGCCCUCGUCUUCUACAUCGUCACCUACACCGCAGGAUACGGCGGCCUACCGUUCACCUUUACAGGGGAGAUCUUCGCGCAGAACGUCAAGUCUGUGGCUCUACCUGCAGCUGCCUGUGUUUCGUGGACCAUGUCCUUCUUGGUGACGAGGUUCUUCGAGGACAUUUCCAUCGCCGUCGGCAACUAUGGGCCCUUCUUUCUGUUCGCAGCUUGCUCCUUGCUCGCCUCGCUCUACGUGUACCUGUUACUGCCUGAAACGGAGGGGAAGACUUUAGAAGAGAUACAGGUUCUGCUUGAAAGCGGUAGGACUAUCAGAGCAUGUCGCUGA